AUGCACCGACUGCAUUGCCUUCACCGCCGCGUCUUCUCGAUGUCAACGGCGCGUCAUGGCGAGCACUCGGACCUCGUGGGCUUGACGGCGCACUUGCUCAAGCAGGCGGUCAUGCCGCUCGUCACCUCGAAAGGCACGGCCUCGCCGCUGACGCUUCGGGUGCUGGACGCUGGCGCUGGGAACGGCGGCCAGUCGAUGCAGUUGCUCUCGACCUUGCUCACGCAGUGCGAGCAGCUUCUUCCGUGGGAGACCCACCGCGAGUACCUCGUGUUGCAUGCGUCCAGCAGCGCCAACGACGUGACCGCGCUCGUCGAUGCGUUGGCGUCGGACCCAUCGUACGUCAAUUCGCACCACAAUGCGUUCGCGGGUCAGCUCGUGCCGCACAACUCGGUCGAUGUGUGCGUCUCGUACGCGGCGCUUCAGUGGCUCUCGACGCUGCCGUCGCCCGUGCCGGGGCCGAUGCUCACGCCGGACAAUGUCUCGGGCGACGUGACGUGGCAAGCCGCCGCGACGGCCGACUUGACCGAGUUCCUCACUCUGCGUGCAGCUGAAGUCGCCGAUAACGGCGUUCUCUCGAUGACGCUCAUGGCCGAUGUCGGCGCAUCGACCGUGGGCUUGAUGGUGUCGGCGGUCGAGUCGGCGCUCACGGAUCUUGUGGCGCUGGACCUGCUUUCGCCGACCUCGCUCGAUAAGAUCGCCAUCGGCUGGUACCUGCGCAGCAUGGACGACGUGGCCACAGCGGCCAGUGUCGUCGUCGACAAGUGGGAUCGCAUCGAGCUGCGCGCGAUCUCGUUGCCCGUGAAGAUGCCUACUGCGACCGCCAUGGCCAUGGCCAUGUUGUCGCUCUUGGGCCCUACGCUGGCGGCGGGCAUGACGGAGCACGAGCGAUCGAAUCCAGAGCUCGAAAGUGCCUUGGUGGAGCGCUUGGCGGCGCGGUUCGCCGAGCCCGUGUGCGUCCGUGACAAGACCGCGCCGCUCUACGCCGUGAUGACGAUCGACUACAUUUAUGCAGCGUUUGCGCGCCGCCACCGCACGUCUCUUUCGAUCUAG